UGUCACAGCAGCAGCGGAUGGAUUGAGACUGCUUUUCCUCCCGUAACUUUGUAUUUGUGUUUUCUUUACACUGAGAUAAAAUAGGGAUAUUGUGGAUAUGAUGAUUGAAUUUUCCCGUUGCACGGAAUAAUGAUUCGUUCAUUUCGUUUUGGAAAUAUUUGGGAUUGAAAACAGCAAGGAUUAGACAUGGUGAACACAUUUGCCUUGCCUCUCGCAGUAGUUACAAGUCUAAUCACUCUUGGAUUGUCUGGUACACCGGGGAAAAAAGCAGUGACAAACAAUUCAGGGGUGACUCCAAUAGGCCAAUGUGGCACCUGGAUAAAGGAGGCUGAGGGAGGCCUGUUCACCUCCCCCAACUACCCCCAAAAGUACCCACCAGAGCGAACAUGUAUUUAUAUCAUUGAAGCUUCACCAAGACAAUGCAUCGACCUCUUCUUUGAUGAGAAAUAUUCAAUAGAGCCUUCAUGGGAAUGCAAAUUUGACCACAUUGAAGUCCGCGAUGGGCCCUUUUCCUUCUCCACUUUAAUUGGUCGAUACUGUGGCCAGGAAAGCCCUUUGUAUAUUAAAUCAAGUGGGAGAUACCUGCAUAUAAAGUUUGUUGCAGACGGCGAACUGGAAGCAAUUGGAUUUUCAGCACGCUAUAACUUCACUCAAGAUCCUGAAUUUAAAGACAUGGGUGUCCUACCGCCUCUGCCUUUUUGCGAAUUUGAUCUUGGUGGAUCAGAUGGGAUCAUUGAUUCUGCAGCAAUACUCAAAGAGGGCAAAGCCUUGCAGACAGAGGCUGUGGACUGUAGGUGGUUCAUUCGAGCGCCACCAAAGGGAAGGAUCUAUUUGCGAUUUUUGGAAUAUGAGAUGCACAACUCCAAUGAAUGCAAACGUAACUUUGUGGCUGUGUACGACGGGAGUAGCUCAGUGGAGCACCUGAAGAACAAAUUCUGCAGCACAGUGGCCAACGAUGUCAUGUUGGUUACCUCAGUGGGGGUCAUACGAAUGUGGGCUGAUCAGGGCAGCCGAAAAAGCCGCUUCCGGAUCCUUUUCACAACCUUCCUAGAGCCUCCAUGUGAAGCGGAGGCUUUCUUUUGCCAUAGCAACAUGUGUAUCAACACCAGCUUAGUGUGCAACGGGAUCCAGAACUGUGUCUACCCCUGGGACGAGAACAACUGCAAAGAGAAGAGGAAAGCCAGCAUCUUAGACAAUAUUGACCACACCAAUGUCGCAAUCAUUCUAGUCACCUGUGGUCUGGUGGUUGUCCUUCUCAUUGUGGCAAGUAUCAUUCAAGUUAAACAGCCACGCAAAAAAUACAUCAUCAGGAGGGAUGACUUUGACCCCACAUUGCUCCACGAAACCUUCGAGCCACCACAUUAUGAACUGUGCACUCUGCGGAGGGCAGCCUCUGCCGACCACAUGAGUGAAAUGGCUAUGGCCGAGGACUUUGAUAAGUUUCACAAACUCACACGGUCUUCGUCCAAAUGCAUUCGUGACCACCACUGCGGCGGAGCCCACUCCCAGGUGUCCAGCGUCAGGGGAAGCCAAAGUAACCUGAGUGUGCGGGACGCAGCCAUUAUGUCAGACAUGCCUCUCUCCCAGUCCCACCAGGCCACACCCUCCAGCCACAGGAAUAUACUGAUGAUGAAGUACAGUUACUCACAGGAUGGGCAGGAUGGUUGUGACCAGGAUGACGACAUGGAUGACUGUCAGACCCCGAGCCAGAGCCACCAUGUCCUGGCUGCACAUCAGUCAAUGUCCAAUGAUUUCUGAGGUAUGAGGAACAUGCAUGCCCUACAACCACACAAAUGUUCUGUUCCUCUUUGCUUGUUCCAUUUGUUUUAAAUAAAUAUGUUUUUGUUCUGCUUGGAUUCACACGAGUAGCCUACAAAUUAAGAAUGCAUAUCAUGGAAUGGUUGUGGUUUUGUAAGUAUUUUUUGUGAACAAAAAAACAUACACAUUCUGAUAUGAUCUAUGGUGUCCCCUUGGUUUUAAUUUAUAUACUGUAUGUUGUGGAUAUGAAGUUGUUUAUUUUCCCCCUUUGACUGUGUACAUGAAAAAUACAAUAUACAUCAUGUGUUUGCACCUGUUAUGAUUUAAUAUUUAGCUUUUUAUUGUUGAAUGGUGUUUUUUCCUGUCAGUUAUAAUACAUUGUUCCCUCUGUAUUGUCUAGACUACCCCAUCUCCAAAUACUGUACCUCUGUUUUGUUAUUACAUUUACAAAUGUAUUAUCAUUUUACAUCAACAUCAUAUUAUUAAAUGCUUGGUUUUGUGACACAUAGAGUGGUAGUAAUAGAGGAUAGUAUGUUGACCACAGGAAAAAGCAUGAUGAACGAGUGGAACUAGGAACUACCGAAACUGUUUUUCACAUCAAGUCGGACAAAAAGCUGCAGCACACCUUGGUCCAGAGCGAGGUUUCGAUUCUAAUAAAGUAUUUUCACCUUUUCUGACAUUCAAAUGUCAUGUCAGUUUGCUAUUUAGUUACGUCCCACAUGUUUAAGUGUACUUCUGUUGGCUAGUCUCGUAAUUUAUAUAUGUUCUUGAAUGACGUAACUAUCAAUAAAUGUCCUUGGAUGAGUAGCUAGCUAACAGUGGGAGGAGAGGUUUCCAGCAGCUCGCGCUCAUUCAUUGAUUCAAAGUCAUCAUGGCAGAACAAAGCCUACUGGAAACUGAGGCGAUACAAUGUAACGUUAAUGCUAAAGACACCGGCUUCAAAAAACGUUUAGGACUGAUCGCAACUGGAAUUGUCGGGGGGUCAUUGGUUGCCCUUUACGCUGUUGCAGGUCCAUUUGUUGCACCUGCUUUGAGAAAGGUGUGCCUACCUUAUGUUCCCGCAACUACAGCACAGGUGGAAAAUGUCCUGAAAGUGCUGCAGGCGAGAUCUGGAUCCCUCGUGGACAUCGGAAGUGGGGAUGGAAGAAUAGUGAUAGCAGCUGCAAAGAAAGGAUUUCGAGCUGUUGGAUUUGAGUUGAAUCCAUGGUUGGUGUGGUACUCUCGUUACAGAGCUUGGAGAGCGGGUGUUCAUCAUUCUACUUCCUUCCACAUUUCAGAUUUAUGGAAGGUCAGCUUUAAUCAGUACUCGAAUGUUGUCAUAUUUGGAGUACCUCAGAUGAUGGAUAAGUUGGAGGGCAAACUGCAGACAGAACUACAGAGCACAGCUAAAGUGGUGGCCUGCCGUUUCCCUUUUCCCACCUGGGCACCUGAUGGCACCGCUGGAGAAGGAAUAGACACUGUGUGGGUAUACGAUGCAGAGUCGUUCAAAACAGAAAGAGGAACACAUCAGGGACAUUUUGUAACUCCACAUCAGCCCCUGGGCAAUGAUGACACUACCACGUCAUACUAAUUGUGUUCAUCCCUGAAUGCCUCAGGGAUUUGUUGCUUUCAAAAUCAUUCCCAGGAUGUUAUCAAAUGUGUGAGAGUCAGUAAUAAAAAAAUUGUGAUAAUUUAA